CUGAGGGGAAAACCUGCAUUUAUAUAGCGCCUUUAAAAGAAAUUCACGGAUAUUGGGCGGCGCCAAGCUUUGCAGCCAAUGAAAUACAUUUUUAAAUAAAUAUGGCAGUUCCUGGUGUGAAAUAGCCGACUGUAAGGAGAGAGGGAGGGGCUCAGUAAAUUUUACAGCUCAAAAAAGACAUUCAACCUUGUGUCCUUUGGGGAACUAUCCUUCUUUGAAAGCAUGGCCACUAUUGGAGACAUGCAUGAGGAUGUCCUGGUGGAGAUCUUGUCCUAUGUUCCCGCCAGGGAGUUGCUCAUGUCGUGUCGCCUGGUCUGCAGGAUGUGGAAAGACUUGGUGGAUGGAAUACACAUUUGGAAGGGAAAGUGCAUUCGGGAAGGAUACAUCAAAAACAAUGGGGAGAUGUAUAUAAAGGAUUGGCAAAGGUUUUAUAUCCUGCUAAGUAUGAAGAAGAACUUGCUUAAAAACCCUUGUGCAGAAGAAGAUUUUAAUCAUUGGACAAUUGACUAUAACGGUGGUGACCAAUGGAAAAUAGAAGCCUUACCAGGUGCCCAUGGAACUGCCUUUCCCGAAAAUCAUGUCAAAAAUUAUUUUGUGACAUCGUAUGGCUUAUGCCAGAAAUCUCAGUUUAUUGAUCUAGUGGCAAAUGGACUGUGGGAAAAUCUGCUCGAUAAAUAUCAGCCUAAGAUUGUAGUGAGUGAUUGGUAUGCAGCAAGGCGAGACUGUGGCUGUACGUAUACAUUGGAGGUGAAGCUACUCUCUAAAAAUAAGACAGUUAUCCAGACAUACAAGUCGAAGGCGAUCGAAAUCCCCCAGUGGAGUGAUGCACAGUGGAAGCAGUUGACCCACGUUUUUGAGGAUUAUGGUCCUGGUGUUCGUUUUGUUUGGUUUUCGCACCAUGGGCAGGACACACAGUUCUGGGCAGGAUGGUAUGGAGUAAGAGUCACCAACAGCAGUGUUAUCAUAGAACCAUGAAUAUGCUGCGACUGGACUCCAACAAGAAGAAGAAAACCAAAUAUUUUCUCAGUGUGAAGGAGAAGUAAAAUGCCACAGGUGCUGGAAAUUGGAUAACUGUCUUGAAAGACCAGAAAAAGUCGGAAGACACUCAGCAAAUGUGGCAUCUUCUGCAGAGAGAAUAACAAUUAAUAUUUCAGGACAGUUCUGAUGCAAGAUUUUAAUGUCAGUUGUGGUUUUCUCUCUCUCUCUCUCUCGCUCUCUAUAGAUGCUGCUAGAUAUGGUGAAUGUUUUUGAGCACUUGUAAAUUUAUCAAAGAGAAUUAUCAAAGGUUGGUUAAUUCCAAUUUAUUUUUGCACCUUUGAUAUGAGAAUAUCCUUGAUUUCACUUUAUUUUUUCAUCGAUUGCUGGGGGAAACUGUCUGAUGGUUAUUUUCUGCAGCGUGUUGAAAUAACAUGCUGAGAGAUGUCAAAAAUGGCAUUGACAUGUUUGUUGCUAAUAUUUAAACUGACCCAGAGAUUCAAGAACCUAGCUUCACUUGCACUGAAACAGGUAUCUGGAAAAAUCUGGUUGAAAGAAGACACGAAAGAAAAAUUGUCAAUGGAAGCUGACCCUUUCCAGAUUAAAGGGGAAGUGCCUCAUGUUAAUCUUAUUCAAGUUGUUGUACCCAUUUGUCGUAAUGUGUUGGUCUGUGAGUGAUUUUCACUGGAUGGUCUUCCAGUUUGAACAGAUGGUGGAGUCUCUCUAGGACCCUGAGAGCUCCGUUCCUGUUAAAGGAGCUGGCAGAUUGAAUCACUCAAACCAGGAUCCUUCAUUGGACAAGGAAACCAUUUCUCAGCACAUGUGACGACUUUUAGAAUUUUAAAAAAACUUUUCACUAACACUGGCUCCAUAAUUUGAAAAAAUAAUCCUUUCCCGUUUAUCGACAUUGAGGUAAUUUAAAGCCAGGUUGCUGUUGAUCUGUGGGAUUGACAUUGAGGUGUUUUAAUGUUAAUGAUGAGGUCAGCACUGCACUGUACUUUGCACCCCUCCCCAGUGUCUCAUUUUAAUAAACAUGCUAAUGUGUCUUAAACUCUGGCUGGAGGAAUCUACUCAAAUAUUGCAGCACAACAGAGGUCCAAAUAAUUCCUUCACUUCUCUAUUAAAUUAAUGAGUGACCCAGUGUUUGUGUGGAAUCCAUUGUAUUCUUGAUUAAAUAGUUUCUGAUGGGAGUGUGUGUCAUUUAACACUUAUCUAUCCCAGGCUUCCUUGAAGUAGGCCCCCUCUUGUCUGUUUGGUUCAGUUUUGUUUAUGAUGCAUAUACCUUGUGUACAAAACCGUGAACUCGCCUCCGUUUCCACACAACAUACCAUUGAAAUAUCUCAGCUCACUGUUCUGCAUGGGGCCAUUUUGGAGGAAAUAGCACAUUGACUUCCUGUCUCUCCUCCCCCAUCCUCCUCUGACCACAGGAAAAGGAAAACCUUUCCCAACCAUGUUUUAUUCAUGCAGAAAGUUUCACUUCUUUCGUUUUGUCACAUAGUGUUAGUGUUUGGUUUCUCAGUUCUAUUUGUAAUGAAAGGUGUUUUGGCUCUGUUUGCUGCUGUUUGAACGCUUAUGUCCACCAUUUUAUUGCCACCAAUAGAAAUGGAAUGGUGGGCAGAGUGUAUAAGACAGAAAUAUCAGGUAGUGCAACUUCAACCUGUGAACAUUAUAUGCUUUAGCUGAACCGCGUUUGUUCGUGACACAUUCCAGAUUAACAAAUAAAACAUUGUUAUUUUGUGAAAGA